UUCAAACAAGAGCCUCAACUCCCCCAAGCCCAUAUUCUCCUUGAACAUGGUUGAUAACUCAGAAGCCGGCCCUUCAAAUGAGCAAGACAGAUUGCUGCCAAUAGCCAACGUUGGGAGGAUCAUGAAGCAGAUUCUGCCUCCCAAUGCAAAGAUCUCCAAAGAAGCCAAAGAAACUAUGCAAGAAUGUGUGUCUGAAUUCAUAGGCUUCGUCACAAGCGAAGCAUCGGAGAAGUGUCGAAAGGAGAGGCGGAAAACGGUGAACGGCGACGAUAUUUGCUGGGCGAUGGGGACUCUAGGAUUCGAUGACUAUGCUGCUCCCUUGAUGAGGUACUUGAAUAGGUAUAGAGAGGUUGAAGGGGACAAAGUCAAUCAAAAUAGGGCUAGUAAUAGUGAAGAGAUGGAGGAGAUCAACUGCUUCUCGUAUACAAGUAAUAAACCACAAAAGGAAUCAGGCUGAGACAUGAUGAAAAAUCUGCAGAUUGUAUGUUGCAUGAAAACAAGGAAUUACUGUUCAUUUUAAAGUGUUGCAGUUUCUGGGCUUUUACUGAUUUUGAGUAUGUAGGGUGGUUGUAUGUGGAGGAGGUUUCUCUUAAUUUCACAAUCUUCCCCCCUUUGGCAUAUGGUUUGAGUACUUUGAUAUAUUAUUUGCUCAAGUCAUUGAUGAAUCUAGUUCUUGAAUCUUGCUAUUUUCAUGUAGCAGUUAAUUAGUCAUAUAUAAUACAUAUCCCCUAAUGGAAUUGCUCAUUUGCUUGUGUAAAAUAGAGGGUAGAUGAACUUGCCAGAGGAAUUGGGCUGAAAAUAAGCUGAUUUUUGCAUCAGAUUAACAAAGAGUUGCAUAUUAAAACUCCAGAAAAUGCAUGAGAUUCUUGUUUUUUCUUUGUUCUCUUCUCCAAAUGGGAAGAAGCUUAAUAGUUUCGCAGUUUCUGGGCUUUGUUCAUUACUG